UUUGUGUUGAAGCAUCGGCCCAUGUGGAGCCUGAGAGAGGUGCCACACUGUGUGGGCACGCUGAAUCCACACAAAGAGGAGGGGGUGAGGCUGGUGAUGGAGAUGCUGAGGCAGGUGGUGGAGCUGCAUCCAGGCUUAAAGACACUGCACAUUGGAGCAGACGAGGUGUACAUGCUUGGAGAGGGAGCGGAGUCCAAACUGUGGCUGGCCUCACCUGGAUGUACAGUGGAGCAUCUUUUCUUGAGUCAUGUGACCAAGGUGGCUCAGGCCAUCAAGGAGGCGUGGCCACACAUGACCAUCAUCAUGUGGGAUGAUAUGAUGAGAGGCAUGAGCCAGGACACACUAAAAGCUAGUGGUCUAGUGGGACUCGUCCAGCCCAUGUUGUGGGACUACACCCCUGAUCUGGAUGUGGACAGAACUGUGUCUCUGCUGGAGAAGUACUGCAGUGCUGGUAUGUCAGAUGUUUGGGCAGCCAGCUCCUUUAAAGGCUCCACCAGUGUUUACACGUGUGUGCCGUGCACGCAGAGACACGUGGACAAUCAUGAGCAGUGGCUGAAGGUGGCUGCAUCUGUAUCUGCCGGUGUCAAUCUGCAGGGCAUCGCCAUCACAGGCUGGCAAAGGUACGACCACCUGUCAGUGCUGUGCGAGCUGAUGCAUGUGGCCCUUCCAUCGCUCGCAGCCUGUCUCCAGACUCUCCACCACGGUCAGUUCAGCGCUGAGGUUCAGAGCAAAGUCACUGAGAGCCUGGGGAUCUCCUCGGUGGAGGUGGAGGCCAUGGAGAGGACUUCUGCAGGCGACUCGCUGUUCCCAGGAAGGAGGCUGGUGGAGUUAACUGUAGAACUCAAUUCACUGCUGAACUCUGAGGACAUACGAUUUUUUGAAAACAACAUGUGAGUUGUGGGCUGUGAUCAUAUUUCCAAUGAGUCAUCGAA